GUGGAAACAAACUUUAGAACAUAUUAUAUGAAUUUUAAUUGAUCAAUGAAUAGCCUCUUGCUACCCCAACUCUAAAACUUUAAAUUGCAACCCCUUGCUUCUGAUAGCUCUUUUUAAAGUUCUGCAAAAAUGCGCCUGUAAUUGUGCUGAGCAGUGAGACAGGAGGUGUUUCCAGCACCAAUCUAAAAGGCUUAAUAUUUGCCUAUGGCACCGAUCUUGUAUAACUAAUUGCUUGAACCGCAUUGUUCUUCUAUUUUUAAUUGCGAUUUGCCCAAUGAAUUCACUUCACGCCUAAUUUUGUCUUGUAUUUUUGGCAUAUGACCAAACGUAAAUAUUUAAUUAUCACUUGUUAAGAAGUGCCAGUUGUGAAACCAGUCUAAAAGUUUACUAAUCCUGCAGAUGUCGCAAAAAGGAGUGCUACCGGAAGACCUGGUAAAGGAAGCGAGCAGACGAAAAGAUGGUGAUCAGCUUUUUAAGCCUGAUGAAAAUUUCAAGGCGCUAAUGGGAGAUGAUGAAGACACUGUCGCUUUCGUUUUCCAGCAUGUUAGUUCGGAUGAUUGCACUCUCACUUCAGUAGCCAGAACCACUAGAGGCAUUCUCAGCUUUGGGGCAGUAGUCAAAGGAGAAAUUGACCAUCAUGUUGCUAGGGAGAACUUGGAAAAAAGUCCCGUUGCAGAAAGAAAACCUUUUAGGCAUUGGAAACCGUCGCUUGUCGUUGAGAAAAUGAACGUAGUCUGCAGUGAAGGCGAUCAAGCGAUGCUCCAAGUUCAAAUCACUGGAUAUCCAAAACCGGAUAUGAGUUGCACUUUUCGAGACAUACCCAUUAAACCCAGCUCAAAGUACAAGAUUUAUCACGAAAAUCAUGAACACAUCCUGCUGCUGGUAAUCAAAGACGUUCACUUCGAGGACGCUGGAGUUUACACGAUAAUGGCAGAAAAUGAAAUUGGGUUUGAUUCCGUCGAUAUUACUCUGGAUGUAGUCAGACAAAAGUAUCCAACGAUAAAAUCCAAAAUCGAAGAUCUAUCGAUUGGUGUUGACGAAAUCAUUGUGGUGCCUGCCGAAGUGGAUGGACUUCCCAAACCUCAAGUGCAGUUCCUCAAAGAAGGCAAGGAAAUCAUUCAAAGCGAGCACAUAUAUGUGGAGGAAAACGAUCCUACAUAUACUCUAGUAUUGAGAAACACCAAUCUGAAAGACACCGGAGUUUACUCAGUAGUUGCCACAAAUUCUUUGGCUCAAGUGUCCCAGUUCUGGGGCAUUUACGUCUACAGCAAGCCAAAACUCUUAAGAAAAUUAUGCGGUGAUUUGGAAGUUUCGCAAGAUGAAACCGUCACUAUUAAGGCAAAAAUCCAAGCUGAGCCCAGAGCUACUAUCAAGUGGUUCAGAAAUAAUGUGCAACUAGUUGGAUCGAGGCGUUUGCAUAUUGAUGAUGAUGAUGGAUUUUACUUGUUGCAGAUCAGAAACAUUGUCAUACAAGAUGCAGGCAUAUACACAUUUCGAGCGGAAAAUGCCCACGGUUUUGUAGAGGAUACAGUUAGAAUCGAUGUUAAAAAAGCUCCGACUAUUUUGGAGGCUUUUGACGACGCUCUUGUGUUAGAACAGGACGUGUACCAUAUUAUUCACACUGUAGAAUUUGCUGUAAAACUAGAAGCUUUCCCUCUACCCGAAGUAAAAUGGUUUCUAGAUGGAGAACAAUUAUUAGACAAUACACCUGAGUUCACAAGAUUCCAAACAGAUGAUACAAUAAAAUUAAUUGUAAAUGAACCUACAACAGAUUUAUCCGGCGAAUAUCUAUGCAGAAUUUCAAAUGAGUGUGGCCAAGCUGAAACCAGUGCCAGAUUAACUGUUAGUUGCUCUCCUAGAAUAAUUGUGCAACUCAACGAUCAGAAAAUCGACGAAACUUUAACUCUUAAUCUGGAAGUUGUGGUUCGAGGAUAUCCUUCUCCACAGUUUAAGUGGUUCCGAAACAGUCAGGAAUUAGACCCCAAUGAGCGCAUCCAAAUGGGCUUGGAAACCUACGGAAAAAUGAAAUAUAAGAUAUUUUGUUCUGUGUCUGAUGUUACUUUUGCUGAAAGAGGAGACUACGAAGUCGAGGUUUUCAACGCAUUUGGAUCAGCUAAAAGCCGGUGCUUCAUAAAUGUUUUAACCAAACCAGUAAUUCUCGAAGCGCAGAUGACCGAUUUGGUAAUAAAAGAAGGCGACGACGUAACAUUCACCAUAACAGCCUUUUCCAAUCCUCUACCCGAAGCCACGUGGUUAUGGGAAGGAACUGCAAUUAAUAUGAACGAGAAAAAAGAUAGAAACAAGCUGAUUACCUCUAACAAUAGCACCGAAUUUAGAUUGGGCAUUCGAAGAGCUCGAAUGGUAGAUGCUGGAGUUUAUCAAUGCGUAUUGGAGAAUUGCGUUGGAUUGACUAGAUAUCGAGCAGCUCUGGCCAUUUUGCGUAGAAAGAAUGAUGAUAUAUAAAUAGCGAAUGCAUGUUUUUUUAAGUUAUUUUAGUAGCAAAUAAGUUAGCAACAAAGUAUAAUAUUUAAGAUUAAAUAAAAUAUAUUUAUUAAUACAGAAA